GCUCUCUCGCACCUUCCGUCUCUGUUUCCCUCUCUGUCUCUCAUCCUUUCUCGCUCCCUCCUGCGCUCUUGUGAUCAGUUCGUCGUGGUUCGUCGUCGCUCUUCCCUUCAAUCGUCGAAAGCGCGUACCUUUAUUGUCCCUGCGAUAGCCUCGCAGUGUUUCGCUCGCCGUCAUCGCUGAACCGGAAGACUAGCGCUCGCCCGCGGGAGAGGCAUCGUUAAAUGUGCUCGGCCGCGGGACGCAGGAGGAAGAAGGGACUAUCCACCGUCGGCGCUCACCACGUUGUCCCCGCGAGCGAACUCGUCCAGUGAUCGCGCGCGUGUAUACCUAUCUAUUUAUCUAUCGUGCGAGAGGCGAGGCGAGCGAUCAUCGUCGGCUGUUCCCGAUACGUAAAUGGGUUUUGCCCGCCGCCACCGCGCUUAGAAAGAGAGACACAGGCCCUCGCAGUGGUGCAUGCGUGUGUGUGUUUGUAUCCGUUCUUACGCGCGUGUGUGACUGCGUGCGUGCGUGCGUCGAUGUGCACGCGGCGUCGCGCGCUCAUCGCCGAGGCAGCCUUCACGGGACGGCAUUUCUGAGGAGAGGUGUACCUUCGACGCGCCCGUGACCGAAAACUCGACAUGAUGAAGAGCAGUGCUCUGAUGAAGAAGGAGAGCAAGAUGCGCAUACGUGCUUUCCCGACAACUAUGGAUGAAAAGUACGUAGAGAGCAUCUGGGCCUUAUUGAAGAGCGCUAUCCAAGAGAUACAGAAGAAAAAUAACUCUGGCCUCAGUUUUGAAGAACUUUAUCGUAAUGCUUACAUGAUGGUCCUUCACAAGUAUGGUGAACGAUUAUAUACAGGACUGAAAGAGGUCAUAACGCAACAUCUUGAAAACAAAGUGCGAGAGGAUGUUCUUCGUUCUCUGCAUAAUAACUUCCUACAGACUUUAAAUCUAGCGUGGAACGAUCACCAAACAUCAAUGGUGAUGAUCAGGGAUAUUUUGAUGUAUAUGGACAGAGUGUAUGUUCAACAGAACGAUGUAGACAAUGUGUAUAAUCUUGGAUUAAUUAUUUUUCGAGAUCAGGUGGUUAGAUAUGGAUGUGUUAGAGAUCAUUUACGGGAAACAUUAUUAGGUAUGGUCGCUAGAGAAAGAAGAGGUGAAGUUGUAGAUCGUAGCGCUAUAAAAAAUGCCUGCCAAAUGUUAAUGUUACUUGGAAUUAACAAUCGCCAAGUUUACGAAGAAGAUUUUGAAAGGCCUUUUUUACAACAAAGUGCUGAGUUUUAUAGAAUGGAAUCUCAAAAAUUUUUGGCAGAAAAUAGUGCAUCGGUAUACAUAAAAAAAGUUGAAGCUAGAAUCUGUGAAGAAUCUGAAAGGGCAAAACAUUAUUUAGAUGAAUCCACUGAAUCACGGAUAGUAGAAGUUGUAGAGGAAGAAUUAAUCAAAAUACACAUGAAAACCAUUGUUGAGAUGGAAAACAGUGGUGUAGUGCACAUGCUCAAAAAUCAGAAAACAGAAGAUCUUGGUUGUAUGUAUAAACUAUUUUCGAGAGUGUCAGAUGGGUUGCGCACCGUGUGCGACUGUGUGUCUCAAUUCCUUAGAGAGCAGGGCCGCGCGUUAGUGCAAGAAGAGCACGAAUCAACCACAAAUGCUGUUCUUUACGUCCAAAAUUUGUUAGAUUUAAAGGAUCGCUUCGACCAUUUUCUACAUUAUUCUUUCAAUAAUGACAAGAAUUACAAGCAGAUGAUAGCGUCGGACUUUGAAUACUUCCUUAACUUAAAUCCUAAAAGCCCGGAAUAUCUUUCACUAUUUAUCGACGACAAAUUGAAGAAAGGCGUUAAAGGAAUGACAGAGCAGGAGAUUGAAGGGAUCUUAGAUAAAACUAUGGUUUUAUUCCGUUUCUUACAAGAAAAGGAUGUAUUUGAACGGUACUAUAAACAACAUUUAGCUAAACGAUUAUUGUUGAAUAAAUCCGUUUCCGAUGAUAGUGAAAAGAAUAUGAUAUCCAAACUUAAGACUGAAUGUGGAUGUCAGUUCACAUCAAAGUUGGAAGGCAUGUUUAAGGAUAUAACAGUCAGCAACACUAUUAUGGAUGAAUUUAAGGAUUAUGUCCUUACAUCUGGCACAAAUCUGCAUGGUGUGGAUAUAAGUGUCCGGGUACUCACAACUGGUUUCUGGCCAACGCAAUCGGCUACUCCAAAAUGCAGUAUGCCUACUGCUCCGCGUGAUGCCUUCGAUGCCUUCCGGCGUUUUUAUCUGGCUAAACACAGUGGCCGACAAUUAACGCUACAACCACAAUUAGGCUCUGCUGAUCUGAAUGCUGUAUUUUACGGACCACGAAGAGAAGAGAGUAAUUGUGGAGGUUUAGAUACCCCAUCGUCUUCGAGUUCUAUUGGGAAUGGUAGCGCAAGCGGCAGCAGCCAGCUGAGCCAAAUGAGCCAGCGAAGUAGCCUGUGCAGUACACCACGAAAGCACAUAAUACAAGUUUCCACUUACCAAAUGUGUGUGUUAAUGUUGUUCAAUAAGAGAGAAAGGUUAACAUAUGAGGAAAUUCAAGGUGAAACCGAUAUUCCAGAGAGGGACUUGGUCAGAGCAUUACAAUCUCUUGCCAUGGGUAAAGCUACACAAAGAAUUUUACUUAAACACCCUCGUACCAAGGAAAUUGAAUCUACGAACUGUUUCUGUGUGAAUGACAGUUUUACCAGCAAAUUGCAUAGAGUAAAGAUCCAAACCGUAGCAGCAAAGGGAGAAUCUGAGCCUGAGAGAAGAGAGACGCGUAAUAAGGUCGAUGAGGACCGGAAACAUGAGAUCGAAGCAGCCAUCGUACGAAUUAUGAAAGCCCGAAAGCGUAUGUCUCACAACAUAUUGGUAACAGAAGUAACAGAUCAGUUAAGAGGUCGAUUUUUGCCUUCACCUGUAAUAAUUAAGAAACGUAUCGAAGGCUUAAUCGAACGAGAAUACUUGGCUCGUACACCAGAAGAUCGAAAGGUGUAUACAUACGUUGCUUAAUGCUGAAUUGAAUAUUGGAUGUGUACAAACAUGUAAGUAAUUUGUAAUAAUAUAUAUCCUCUUACUACGCAUUAAUGAUUCUUUAUAUUUUAUUCACCAAAUUAUUACACCAUCAUCAUCAUCGUAUAUGGCGUUGUUAUAUUAUUAUUAUUUCUCGGUUGUGAAUUAUUAUGUCCAAGGGAUAUUCCAUGCCAACAAGAAAAUUUAUAAUUCCAAAAAGUUUAAAAAUAUUCCGAUUAAUGUAUUGAUAUGUAUUUAGUUUUAAAUUUGUUAUAAUAUAAUUUAUUAUAAUAUUCUUUACAGGAGUAAUAUGAUCGGGAAAAUUAUCGAAAGUGGUAAAAUAUGGAUUAUGGUCGAUAUUACAAAUAGAAAGACAAAAAUAGAAAAUGGGCGAUUAUUGGGCGUUGAAAAGUGUAAGAGAUGAUAGUGUUUAUACACAUUAUAAAUAAUUAAUUUGAGUUGGGAGUUUUAUCGCUUGUUAUCAUGGAACAUCCCUGUAAUUGAAAUGAAUGGCAAGAUAUUCUUUUGAUAAUUGACUAGUUUGGUGGAAAAGGUCGAUGUGUCAAAGAAAUCGCGCACUUAGAUCUAAAUCAGGGAGGCAUUAUAAUUUUUUGUACGGAGAUUUUAUCUGCUCUCCAACUCUUUACAUUUCAAUUACAUGCGCAUUUGUUGACUUACACUUGUAUUACAAUACACAUGUAAUACAUGUGAGUACUCAUAAUAAAUAUGUAUUCUCUAAAUCAGAUAGAUUUUAGUUAACGUGCGUUUCUAAUGAUGCGAAAUCCUAAGUUACUGAAGAUUCGUAUUGAUAAUAUCGCAAUUAGGAACUUUUCUACACUUGUAAGACUGUGAUUGUCUAUGAUAACUACUAUCUGAAUAUAUCGUCGAAUUUAGGAAGAAAAAAAUGGUACAUUUACAUAUAGUUUUAUUUACGUUGAUGUCUAUCAAUUAUAUAUGUAAAUAAGUGAUGUGAAUGUAUUAUUAAGAAUAUACUUGUCUUAUUUCCAACAACUAAAUAUCAUUUUUGAAGUCUCCACAUCCCUAAAUAUAAAUCAUGUUUACCUUCUUAUGUGAAACACAUGAAUCAUAUGUAAGCGUUGAUUUUCAUCUACCAAAUCCAUUUUUGGAUACAUGUUAGUUAAGAUAUGUUUUCACCUCUAUAUUUUGUAUUUAUAUAAAUAUAUAAUUUGUCUUUAUAUAGCGACAUUUGUUACAAAAAAUUCUGCAAUGUUAACAAACACUUAACAGCUUCCGCCUCUUCCACCUAGCUUCUCAAUUAUUUCAUUAUAAUUUAAUCCAAUAUUAGCCUUUUGACAACGCAGAAUAUUUAUUAUAGUAUGCCAAAAGUGGAAUCUACGAAUUUGUAAGAGAUGCAGAAAUUUGUUAACGGGGAUAAAAUGUGCGUAUGAGAUCAAAUAAAAAAUGAAGAUCUUAAUACGAUACUGAAGAGUUCAAUUCAAAUAUGUAUUGCACAGUUUCACGUAUAGUGAAAGAAAGACGAAUGUGAUUGAUGUGUUUUUAUUUUUUAUUUGUAUUCUCUUUUUAUUUAUUAAGAUGAAGUUUUAAUAUUUAAAUGAAGGUUUUACUCUUUCUUACGCAAAACUGAAUAAAAUUAAAAUUCUAU